AUGGCGCAUUUCCUAGAUAUGAUGGAGUAUGGCCGCACCCAAGACCGCCACUAUGUCUAUCCAAAGCUCAGAGCUAUCACGAUUUACCACCGUGGCCAGCUGUCGCAUGAGCUGAGCGGGAAGCCUAGUGUCCAUGCGUUCCCAUCGCUAACCUUGCUUCGCAUUUUUGCACGCUUGAAUUCCGAUCUCAGCACUAUCUUCAGUGAUAAUUACAGUACGCUGGCAUCGUUUACGGUUGCCGUCACUCGACUGUUUCUUGGGUUGCUCCAGGGUCGCAUAAUCCCUAACAUGCCCUGUAUCCGCGUCCUAGGUGAAAAUGAUGUUUCCGCGCAUGGCGAUACCUCGUAUAAAACACUAGUUGCGGCACGCUUUCCUUUUCCUGUUGCACCAAAUACCAAGCAGAUCAAGACAUAUUUACCACUGCAUCCACUUUAUAUUUCUUCACCUGCACGUAUGAUUGCCGACUACAAUAGCCCAGGUCUUUGGUGUUUGGUCCUUGGCAACUGCGGGCUUGACUUCAACCAAUUUCACCAACUGCUGGGAGUUCUUCACGGUCUUGCCAGAUUUGAGGUAAUUGGAGUCCAAGCUAGUAAUUCACAUAAUGCCAAGUUCGCAGACAGAGGAAACCGACAAUCGCUGGCUGACCUUCCUGUCAUGAGUCAGAAACUAACAGAACUCGCAUGCAAGACAUGUUGGGAUCACGACACAGUGGCAAUUGCCAUUAUAAAGCUGCCGUCCCUCAGAAAUGACGUGCUGGAUGCUAGCGAUAUACUCAAACACUGGUUCACAGAGGAAAUAAAAAUAUGUUUACAAUGA